AUGUACGGGGGGGGAGGAUAUGGCACACAUGGGGGAGGGGGUGGUGAGGUGUACGGGGCAGCGGGGUAUGGGACUGGGGUUUAUGGGGAAGGGGGUUAUGGGGCGAAUGGAUAUGGGGAUGGGGGAAAUGGGGCAUGGGGAUAUGGGGAAGGUAGAUAUGGUGAAGGGAAAUAUGGGGCAGGGGUGUAUGAGGCAGGGGGUUAUGGCGGUGUUGUGAGGGUAGAGGACGGGAUGGGAGGCAACAGGGUGGCAGAGCCGGGAGCGGCAGGGGCAGGGGCAGGCGUGGCAGUGGAGGGCGUGAUGACGACGGGGCUGACGACAGCGGGGUUCAAGGUGCGGCGGCGGGGGCGGCCUGUGGUGCACGGCAGGGCGUCGGGGUACGAUGAUGACGAGGCGUGGAACCCUGGGGGCGACCGCAGUGGUGCGGCGGGGUGGGGGGCUGAGGAGAGAGCGAGCGUGAAGGGAGGGGACGGGAGUGUGGGGGCGGGGGAAGCAGGGAGUGAGGAAGGGGAGGAGGAAGGGGACGGAGGGGAUGGAGGGAGUGGGGAAUCGGAGGAAGAGGGGAGUGUGGGUUCAGGAGAAGGAGAGGAUGAGGAGGGAAGGAAAGGGGAGGAGGGAAGCAGAGGGGGCAGCGAUGGUGGAUCAGAGGGGGAGGCGAGGGAGGGCGAGGGUGCAGGGGAGGCACGGCAGGAGCAGCGACAGGGGGGAGGGGGAGGGGAGAGGCGGAGCAGCGGAGAGGAAGGGCAGGGGCAGCAGGGCGUGUUCGCGGGAGUUGGGAGGUGCCGAGGGGAGGAGGCGGCGGGUGGGCAAGGCAGGGUGGUGGGCGGUGCAGUGGCAGCUGUGGCGGCUGCAGCCUCGGCGCUGGGUGCUGCUGCAGGGUGGCCUGGCAGUGCUGGCACUGCUGCUGCUCGCUGCCACUCUCGCCUCCCUCGCUGCAUUGUGGACGCAGGGAGGGCUGGAUGGGGGAGAUGCGGAGCAAGGAGAGGGGGAGGGGGGAGUGAGACUGCUGGGGGAGGGAAGGACGUGGGGAGGGGCCAGGAGAGGCGAGCAAGGGGUAGCAUUGAUGCCAGGGAGACGCAGGUCGGGGAGGGGGAGGGGCGAGAGAGGAAAGGGUUUGCCUCGAGUGGCACUUGGAAGGGCGGGGGAGGUGCGUGCGGUGGGGCGGCGAGGCACGGACGAAGGGCAGCAGGAGGGGCGGGGCCGCAGUGGUACGUGGCGGUGCACAUCACCCACGCCAUGCAGACGUGGCCUCGCCUCGACUUCUCCCUCUCCGACGCAUUUCAGGUGUGCCUCCUGCCCAUCAGGUGUGCCUCCUGCCCAUCAGGUGUGCCUCCUGCCCAUCAGGUGUGCCUCCUGCCCAUCAGGUGUGCCUCCUGCCCAUCAGGUGUGCCUCCUGCCCAUCAGGUGUGCCUCCUGCCCAUCAGGUGUGCCUCCUGCCCAUCAGGUGUGCCUUCUGCCCAUCAGUGGCUGGAGUUUGCGCGGUACAGCGGCGUGGCGCACGUGUUUUGGUACGACAUGGCGGACGACCCCCGCGACCGCAUGGAGGCGGCGUUGGAGGGGUACAAGCGGGACGGCUUCCUCACGUACCACCACUUCCCCUCGCUAGCUCCUUCCCUGCCCGCCCACCACGGGGCCACCCCCCACGACCAGGCGCUGCACCACUGCCUCACCCAUCACGGCAGCUCAGCCGUGUGGCUGCUGCCACUCACCCCGGUGGACUACCUCACUGUGCCGCCUGACAUCAAGCCGGGCUUCACCGACCGCUUCCUGCGUGCCUACGAGGCCCGCCGCCCGUCUGCGUCCCAGCUGCUGCUGCAGACCUUCCUCUUCCUCGGCUCCCCCCAGAACUCCUCUGCUCUCCUAAUCCAGCGCUACCAGCGCCGCACCAACCACUCCGAUGGCGUGUCCCUCAAACCUCAGGCUCAGGUCGUGCCUGUGGUUCGGCCGAACCUGGUGGCCCGGGUGCUGUGGCACAACCCGAGCCACCUGCUCAUGACAGGUGGCAGCACCAUGGCGCUGCCAGCUGGCGCCAUGCGGGUGAACCGAUUCGCGAGUGCGCUGCAGCAGAUGCCAGGCACAGGUGAGAGGGGAUGGGUGGUGUGGGUGCAUGCAGAGGUGAGAGGGGAUGGGUGGUGUGGGUGCAUGCGCAGGUGA